AUGGACUGGUCUAAGAGCUACUAUGGGUUAUCCACACAAGCCUUCUCUAAGGAAAUAGCAGAGGUGUUGCUGGCUCCAAUAGACGCAUUAGACGUAGAAAUGAAACCAGAUGGCCUGAUUUAUCUCCCGGAAAUAAAGUAUCGUCGAGUCCUAAACAAGGCGUUUGGCCCUGGAGCUUGGGGUCUUGCCCCUAGAAGCGAAACCAAUGUUGGUCCCAAAGUCGUCAGUAGGGAAUAUGCCCUUGUCUGUCAGGGAAGACUGGUAGCCAUCGCUCGUGGGGAACAAGAAUAUUUUGACCCGUCAGGCAUCCCAACCGCUACUGAGGCUUGUAAGAGCAAUGCGUUAAUGCGAUGCUGCAAAGAUCUGGGCAUCGCGAGUGAACUAUGGGAUCCCCGUUUCAUACGCGAGUUCAAAACUAAAUACUGUGUAGAGGUGUUUGCGGAACAUGCCACAACGAAGAAAAAGAAGAAACUUUGGCGGCGCAAAGAUCAACCCAAGUUUGACUACCCUUGGAAAGAGUAG